AGAGAGAGAGAGAGAGAGAGAGAAAAAAGCAAAAAGCGAGAGAAAGAAAAAAAAGAAAGAUGAAAAAAGCUUAGACGGAGGAAGGAGCAAAAGCAGAUAGAUAUAUAAAUAUAGAAUAAACCAAUCUCUCGAAGGAAAGAAACCCUUUUUCGCCUUCUUUUAUCAAUCUCUCUUUUUUUGCUUUCCUAGAAAGUGUGUGUUGUGUGGUGGGUAUAUAAAGGCAGGAGAUCAAAUAUGAUAAUCAAUUACUUUGAUUUCACGAAGACGAAGACGAAGCAUCAAUUAUUAUUGGAGGAGGAGGAGACGGUGGUAGUAAUUGUUGUAGUUUCGAUUCACGGCGGCUAUGGAAGCUAGUUCGAGUGGAACUGCGGAGUUGCCGCGUUCUCUUUCACGGAGAGCUCCGUCUCGUGCCACUACUAUGAUGAUUGAUAGACCCAAUGAAGAUGCUAGCGCUAUGGAUAGCGAGCUUGUUCCUUCCUCUCUUGCUUCUAUUGCUCCCAUUCUUCGUGUUGCUAAUGAAAUCGAAAAGGAUAAUCCCCGAGUUGCUUAUCUCUGCCGGUUUCAUGCUUUUGAGAAGGCUCAUAGGAUGGAUGCUACAUCUAGUGGACGAGGUGUUCGUCAGUUCAAGACCUAUCUGUUACAUAGACUGGAGAAGGAAGAAGAGGAAACAAAGCCUCAGCUGGCCAAGAACGAUCCUAGAGAAAUUCAGGCAUAUUACCAGAACUUCUAUGAGAAAUAUAUCAAAGAAGGAGAAACUUCAAGAAAACCGGAGGAGAUGGCUAGGCUUUACCAAAUUGCCUCGGUGUUGUAUGAUGUACUGAAGACUGUUGUACCUUCUCCAAAAGUGGAUUACGAGACCCGUAGAUAUGCUGAAGAAGAAGAAGAGGAAACAAAGCCUCAGCUGGCCAAGAACGAUCCUAGAGAAAUUCAGGCAUAUUACCAGAACUUCUAUGAGAAAUAUAUCAAAGAAGGAGAAACUUCAAGAAAACCGGAGGAGAUGGCUAGGCUUUACCAAAUUGCCUCGGUGUUGUAUGAUGUACUGAAGACUGUUGUACCUUCUCCAAAAGUGGAUUACGAGACCCGUAGAUAUGCUGAAGAAGUUGAAAGGAAAAGGGAUAGAUAUGAGCACUACAAUAUUCUUCCUUUAUAUGCUGUUGGAACUAAACCUGCAAUUGUGGAACUUCCUGAGGUCAAGGCUGCAUUCAGUGCUGUUCGUAAUGUGCGCAAUCUUCCUCGACGAAGAGUUCACUUGCCAUCUAAUGCUCCCAGUGAAAUGCGCAAGGCUAGAACCAAACUUAAUGACAUACUUGAAUGGCUUGCUUCUGAGUUCGGCUUUCAGGUAAUCUGUCUUUAUCUACUUUUAUUUUCAGGUAACUCCUAUUGUGGUUAUCAUGAUUUGCUAGGCUCAUGUAGUGUUUGCGUUUUUGUGACCCUUCUAAAACAAGUAAAUUUUGUAUCAUACUUAGUUACUUACUAACACUAUUCUGUAGAC